CAUGCGAAGAACAAGUUAUUUGAAUUAUUUUAGCAAAUGUAAGCUGCAAGUCUACCUGGUUUGUUUUGUUUUCCCUUUUUGUAUGUUUAACUUACUUUAAAAGUUUGUAAUGACUUCAUGCCAGCUUCAGUGUUGUUCAUGCUAACUGUAGAAUCAGACACACAUUUGAAAGGGAACUGUAUGAGCCUUUAUUCAGUUUUCCUUUUUCUGAUGUAGAUGAAGUAUGUCUGGACCAUUCUUCACUGCUGGUUGUCCCACCUGUUGUUCACAAACAUCCCAUAAUGUAGGUUCCACAGUUUGAGCUGCAUCCUGUAGCAUUCCACUAUUAUCCAGCCAUUCUCCAAACACAGAAUUAACCUCAGUGGACCAAGCCAUGUAGAACAUGUAUGUAACACCUUUCUCUCUGUGCCAGUCUAUCAGGCAUUUGAAGACUGACCUCAUCCUCUCGUUCCUGGACUGAACCUACCGGAUGCGUUUUAAUCUUUCUUUAUAUUCCUUUCAACGCUGAAAUGUUUGCCUAGCAGCAACUUUCUUAAUAUGCUAUGGUUUCAAUGAGUUGCAGCAGCCUAUGCAGCUCUUCGCUACAGUCAUGCACUCUUGACUUUGGGAGAGGAUCUGAAGUGGUGACCUGAGGGGGUCGUCGCCACCAGAUUCUGCCUGCUCUUGCUCUCCGUGUUACCUGGUUGAAUCUCCCUGUAUCUGCCCUUGUCAGAGCCACCCCUACUCAGUGCUGUCUUCAAGUACCUUUCUGGUAAGAGGACCCACCUCCUACCUAAAGCUGGAUUUCCAGCUACCAAUCUGAGAUCUGCUUCCAUAGCCCAGAGGUUCUGGCAAAGAAAGCAGCUAAAUUAGUCUGACACAAUUUGACUUGGGCAGACUCACAACAGUUGAUCCUUAUCACCUUGGUACUGAUUAGGUGAUAAAAAAAAAUGAGUACUUACAUAUUUGUUUCAAUAUUUUUCUACAUCUAAAUCAUACUUUUUUUGUUCUUUUGCUUGUUCAUCCUACACGUUUUGUAGUUCACAGGCUUCCCUUUGGUAUUUUACACAUCUAAUAGUAAAUGCAUAUGAACUGUUGUGCCACAUCCUGAAUUUGGCCUCAUUCUUAAAACUUAGGAAUUCACAUGGGAAACUCAAGCUCUGGUAGCAGUUGCUGGCUACUUAGCACUUAAGAAAAGUUGUUUAUACCUGUUUUAGCAAAAGAAAAGGAGAUCAUAGGCGUCUAUCGUGACUGAGUUGGGCCACAGCUGUCUGGAGUUGGCUGGAGAUAUUUCAGAGCUUACUCCUUGGGAGAUUCAAAGCAGAAGUUUCCAGGUAUUCUGUAUAGGCUCCUUAGGUAUGUUAUAGCAUCAUAGUUAAAUCACCCCUCGCCUGUGCUUCUGGUAAAGUGAUCUAACCACUACUUCAGCACCCCUGUCAGACAAAUGAGUGCUAAGACAUACGGCUUGUGUAUGUUUAUUAAGUGUACAGCUUUACAUGAUCACUAUUUUAUUUGGGGAGAGUUCAUGCUACUGGCUCAACAGUUAGUCCUUAUAUUUGUUGCAUGCCUGAAUUAUAAAAAAGAACAUCAUGACAGUAAUAAUAGCAGGCAAAUCUGAGGAUGCCAGGCUCUGCAACAGUCUUGAGACUCUGCAGUUUGACACUUGUUGCCUUCUACUUCAGCCUACAAUUAAUCUUGCAUCCAUUACAAUUAAAUUUUGCAUCAAUUUCUGUUUAGCAGUUAACACAAGGUGUACUGCUGCCACCCCUCUGAGGUGAAAAGCAAAAUACAAAGUAGAGCUGUAGCUCUGGUAUUAGCAAGCCUCAGCAGCAUCUUGCCUUACCGCUCCUGCAAUUGCCUGCAAACCUUAACAUCACCAGAGAAGUCCUCGCUUAAUGCUGCGGAUGUUACCCAGUUGCCCAAGCAGCCUUUCUUUGGUAGAAGGCUCUGGGCAUUUGGUUUUGCACACUGGUCAGUGGAGAACUGUUCUGAUGUCCCCAGGAACAGGGACACCAAUUCCAAGCACAAUCUUUCGCAUCAUUUUCAUUCUUUCCAUUAUAUCAGAUCACACAGAUACUGUUCCUAGGUUUGUGUGGGGAACACAGCAAGACAUGUUUUGCCCAGAUUGCUUAUGAUUGCUUCCUAUUAACUGGGAAUCUUCUGUGUGCCUCACCUAACCAUUCCCAAGGAAGCUUUCGGUGCCUUUUUCUAUCUCUGCGCUGAAGAGAAUGAAAAGUGUUGCAGGGGCCUGGCAUGCCUCUUAAAAAGCCCUGAUGGAUCUCUUGCAGUCCAGCUUGAAGGUAGCAAUAGGAAAUACUGAUCAAACAAUAGGUAGCAUUUCCAUUUCUCAGUGGCAACCGUUGCUUUGGGUUGUUGGCCUAACGCUAUCUAUCCCCAGGUGGGAAGUUUCUCGAAUUUAGAAGGAAGAGACAAGGAAGUGGAAGUUGUUCAGCAAAAGAUGCCCUUUCAGAGGCAGGCUGUGCUGGCAGCAAAACUCCCGCUGACUGCAAUACGCACAGGAGAGCAAAGAGCAGCUGACACACUUGAUGCCUGCUGGAAAGUAAUACACGGGCGGCGUAUCUCUACUCUCUUCUUAGCUGCUAAUGGAUUGCCGGGCGGUGGCUUGAAUGCAGGGCAUUAAGAUGGGUGUUUUUAAUGUCUAAGCAACGGUGAUUCCUCACUGCCAGGAAAUGGGAAGUUUUGGUUUCACUUCUCUGCUGUGGAUGUUUCCUGGUGCUGAUGGUGGGUGUGGCUUUUUCCCCAGAGCAGGUAUUGAGCAGCAUAGGAAAUGCAGAGUCAAAUACAAACUUUACGCUAGCAGCUCUGAUACGAUUUUCUGCCUGUUCCAAAGAGCAUAGAGAUAGAUGCUUUAGGCUUGCCCAGUCUCUAUUGUAGUUCUCAUAAAAAUAAAAAAUUGAAUUUUGAGUAGAAUGACAGAAUCAUAGAAUUAGCUAGGUUGGAAAAGACCUACAAGAUCAUCCAGUCCAACCAUCCACCUACCACCAAUAACCGCACUAAACCAUGUCUCUCAACGCUAUAUCUAAAUGUUUCUUGAAUAUAGUUGAAUAGUUAUGUGUCAUCUGAAAGCGAUAUGCAUCUCAGCCCUGUAUUUCUGAUCAAAAUGUAAUGCAGUUAUGCUUUUUAUAGCAGCUUUCUCUCUUGGGCCCCCACUGCCAAAGAGAGUUCAGUGAGACUGAACUUCAGCCUUCUCCCUGAGGCCAGGAGGUUUGUGACAACUACUUGGAAAAGAGGAAUGAAGUCCUGAUGUAAGACUUCCCAAAGGGUUAUACAUGCUUUGAAGUCAUACCUGAAUAUAAGUUCUGGUUGUAUUCCCAUUUUGUCUCCUGAAUACUAUUGUGCUACAUGAGCAGAUUUUACUGCCUGCCACCUGUGUGCAGGCAGCCAAGAGGGCCAAUGGCAUUCUGGCGUGUAUCAGAAAUAGUGUUACCAGCAGGAGCAGGGAGGUGAUCAUCCCCCUGUACUCAGCACUGGUAGGCUGCACCUCGAGUGCUGUGUUCACUUUUGGGCCCCUAACCACAAGAAAGAUAUUGAGGCUCUGGAGCAUGUCCAGAGAAGGGCAGGGAUCCAGAAUCUCUGCCCAGGCUGGAGUAUAUGACCUUUUUCUCCUUUGCGUGCUCAACUGGUAAUGGUAUAGAGAUAAGACAGAGCUCAGUUCUCUGCAUUAUUUAUUGUGGUACUUUCUUUUGUCUUAACUUUUCUCGCUUUUUCAUACAUCUCUUCAAACAUUUCACCGUGUGCUGAUGAACAGUAAGCAACUUUUUCCAGAUUACUGGCAAACAGAUGGGGUUUUACCAAAAAACAGAGGUGGCAAACACGAAUGUGUUCCCUUGCUCCUUAGCCAUCCCCAGCUGCUGUGUGCCUCACCUGCACCACCACAUGGCUGAAGUCCUUGUGAGCUGGAGGAUGCAGCAGGUCAGAGUCACUGCAUAGUAAUGCGGAUGUAGUAAUAAAAUAGAAACGCGUCUGUAAACAGAUACUGUUGCAUGUUGGCAAAACUAAACAUCUCUGCGUGUGUUUUGCUGAGCCCAAAAAAUGCUGUACAGCAGAUUGUAUGGUGGCUCCUGUGUUAACCAAACAGCGUAUUUCAGUUUCAUCUUCCCCCAGCUUAAUUUUAACCAGAGGCUCUGCUGGAGAAGAUUCCUCUGAUACCCUUCAAUCCCUAGUUUCCACAGCUAACACAAGGAUAUCAGGUUUCCGAGAUCUCUUCAGGUAUGGACAUUCUUGCUUCCGAUGUCCCUCCUCCUCGACAUCCACCACCUCUAAAUCCACCCCAGCAUUUAGGCCCCUCUGAUCCUUGCCACUAUUACAUCCUAAGUAAAACCCUUGUAAUACCUCUGCUACUACCUGAGCCUAAAGCAAAACACAGUACUUGAUAACGCAGAUCCCCCAGAUUAAAAAAACUCAUUUUAAUUAGUACCUUUUGUAUCUUGGGGACAGACUUAAAUAAGUUUAGAGAAUGAAGAAUGAGGCGCUUGAGUAUGGUGAUCCCUUGGAAUUGCAGGAAAAGGUGCUCUGUCUGUUGUUACAGUUCAACCAAAACUUGUUUCUGAAGAGAGCAGGUUUAAAGGCUUACCCAUUAAAUUUCUGUAUUCAGUUCUAAUUUAGGAGCCUGUCUUGGUUUCAGUAGGGAUGGAAUUGCUUUCUUCAGAGCAUCUGUUAUGAUGCUGUAUUUUGGUUCUAGGAGAAAAGCAUUUCUAUUUGAGCAGAAAUUUUCCCAAAGUCUGUGCUGCUCAGGGCAGGAGGUAGAAGAGAAUGGAUGGGGAAAAAGUGAUUUUAGUUUGCUUUCAUUACAUUACAGAAAUUACAUUAGUCUCCCUGUGCUUAGCUUGCUUCGUCCUUGACAGCAACUGGUGAGUGGUCUCCUUGUCCUUACCUCAACCUUUUAGCCUUUUUUCAUCAUAUUCUCUUGCCCUGUUCUGUUGAGGAGGGGGAAUGAGAGAGUGGUGUGGUGGAGCUGAGCUAGACAUUCUUGUGAAACCACUGCGUUCACCCUCUACCCCCCCAUAAACAUUUCUUGCUUAGUCUGUGUAACAGAGACUAAGAAUUCCCUGGGAAUACCCUGUGGCAACUUCUUUUUUUUUUUUGCAAAUACAAAGAAGUUAUAAGUAACAUCGAGGGAAAUGUUUCAAGUCUUUCCUCUGGAUAUUUUACUGAUUUGAGUUUGGGCAUGUGAUCUCUGUUAAGGGUUUGAACUAGGAGGUAGAAGCAUUGUUUUGAUUUUUCUCUGCUAUGGUUAAUGUUGAUUUCAGAAGCUGUCAAGAGUGGUUGGCAUUGAUAAUAAUCACUGCUCAGUGCAGCACUUAUGGACAAGCCACAGAGCAAGCCAGAAGAACAGCAGAACAUGAACAAUGCAAGUCUCAGCUUCAAAGGAUUUGCCAGAAGAGUCGAUCACGUCCCAAAGCAAGAUAGUAAUGAACUACAUUCCUUACCAGCACCUUUAGGAGCUUUUGAUGUGCCUCUGCCACCAGACUACAGCUAUCAGGUGGCUUCCUGUGAACCAGAACUGAGUGACAGAAAGCCUCAGCAUGAGCAGGAAGUAUCCAAGAAGCUGAAUGAUAGAGAAGAGGACAAGGACAAGGCAGCAGAACACAGCUUGUACAACCAAUAUGAAGAGAAGAUCCGACCUUGCAUUGAUCUUCUCAACAGCCUGAGAACACUUGGAAUAGGAAAAGACCUGAUGUUGCCUGCAAUCGCAGUGAUUGGAGACCAGAGCUCUGGGAAAACCUCCAUCCUUGAAGCUUUGUCUGGUGUUGCUCUUCCUAGGGGCAAUGGUAUCGUUACUCGAUGUCCUCUGGAACUUAAACUGAAAAAAAUAACAACUCCACAGGAGUGGAAAGGGGUAAUUCAUUACCGCAACAUGGAAAUACAGCUCCAGAAUGCCUCAGAGGUGGAGAAAGCAAUAAGAAAAGCCCAGGAUAUAGUGGCUGGCACUAGUGGUAACAUUAGUGAAGAACUAAUUUCCCUAAAAAUCUGGUCCCCGCACGUCCCAGACCUGACACUAAUUGAUCUUCCUGGAAUUGCCAGAGUGGCCAUGGGGAACCAGCCUCAAGAUAUUGGCCAACAGAUCAAAAUACUACUGAAAAAAUUUACUGGCUGCAAAGAGACAAUCAAUUUGGUAGUGCUGCCAUGUAAUGUGGAUAUUGCGACAACAGAAGUGCUGAAAAUGGCUCAAGAGGUGGACCCCACAGGAGAAAGGACACUUGGGAUCCUCACCAAACCAGAUCUGGUGGACAAAGGGACUGAAGAAACUAUCCUUAAGAUAAUGCGAAAUGAGGUCAUCCCACUCAGGAAAGGUUACAUGAUUGUCAAGUGUCGUGGGCAACAGGACAUCUACAACGAACUGUCCUUGGCCUCUGCAAUCCAGCAAGAGAGACAAUUCUUCGAGAUUCACAAACAUUUCAGCAUUCUUCUGGAUGAAAAUAAGGCUACUAUCCCUCAUCUGGCAAAUAAGCUUACAAAUGAACUUGUGGGACACAUUAUUAAAACUUUGCCUACUAUAGAGAACCAAAUACAUGAUGCACUGCAACAAUCAAUGCAGGAACUACAAAAAUACACAGAAGGCACACCCAAAACUGACAGUGAGAAGGUGAUUUUCCUCGCAGGAUUGAUCAAAGUGUUUAAUGAAGAUAUCUCUCAGACAAUUUAUGGAAAGGAAUCCUUGUUUGGAAACGAAGUCAGACUGUUUACAAAAAUCCGCAGAGAGUUUCAGAUAUGGGAAGCAAUGCUCCUGGAGAUCUCUGCCAAAGUUCAAGAAGUCAUACACAAUAGAGUGUGCAAAUAUGAAGACCAGUACCGUGGACGGGAGUUCCCAGGCUUUGUCAGCUACUGGACAUUUGAGGACCUUUUAAAAGAGCAAAUUGCAAAACUGGAGAAGCCAGCUAUUGUGGUGCUGAACAAAGUGAUCUGUCUAGUUGAAGAGAAAUUUUUGGAGUUCGCUAACAAGCAUUUUGCAAAUUUUCACAACUUAAACAAAGCUGCUAAGGCCAGAAUUGGUUGCAUUAGAGAGAAACAAGCAACGACUGCGAAAAAGCGCAUCCAGACUCAAUUUAAAAUGGAGAGAAUCAUGUACUGCCAGGAUAACAUUUACACAGAUGAUUUUAAAGCUGCCAAUGCAGCUUCUUGCAUCAGCAAAGAUGCAAAAAGGAAGCAGCUUAGUUUUGGACCUGUUUCUAGUCAAGGCCCCAGCUUUGUCCAGAAAAUAGUUUCUCACACAAAGGCCUAUUUCACUGGAGCAAGUAAACGCCUGAGCAAUCAGAUUCCUCUGAUCAUCCUGUCUACUGUCCUUCAUGACUUUGGAGAUUAUUUGCAGAUCUCAAUGUUGCAGCUCUUGCAAGGAAAGGAAGACUUAAACCAUUUACUCCAGGAAGAUCAUGAAGUUGCUAACCAUCGGAAGUUACUAAUCAGCCAAAUUGAUCACCUCAACAAAGCCUACCAGUACCUGGUAGACUUUAAGUCUCUGUAGAUUUCUUCAUCUUUCAGAGUUCUCUGAUUUGUAGAGAAAACCUAAGGUGUUUUUCCUUUGGAUGCCAGGACUUCUGCCUGAUGGUGGAUUCACUAGAGUGCUGGAUUUUGUUGUCCAUAACAGAUUAAUCCACAAGGACACGGAGAAGAUGCCUCAGCAUGUGGUUUGCUAUCUGGCA